AUGGUGCUACCUGGUCAGGAUGAUUUUCCAGUCGCAAGUCCGAAUUCGAAGGCUUACUACCGUCGUGGUGAGGCACUGAGACGUCUGGACCGGCUGCUCGAGGCUGUCGUUGCGCUGAGUGAAGGAGUUGCUUUGGAUCCUCCGAAUAACCUCAUUGUCGACUCGCUCAUCGAAGCAUCACAGAAAUUGUUCAGUGAGUUUCAAUACUUGCAAAAUAGAGCAAUCAUAGAAAAUUUCCCGCUGAAACGUCUGGAGAGUUUGGGAUUGGAACGGGAUCGAUUCACUGUGCUGACGAUGGUCGGACAAGAGUUGGCCUCAGCCGAACAUCCUCGAGAAGCGUCAAAAGUGCUUACCCGUGCACUCAACCUUCACAGCCCAUCCCUUCGUCUUCGCGAGUCGGCUAUCUCAGCACUGGCAUCGGUCCAUUACUUGCUUGGAGAGUAUCAGAAAGCAACGCUAUACUACGAAAAGCAGCUUGACAUUCGCUCACAACUGGAAGGUUCGCUGGCAGAAGUUCAUGACAACAUCGCUACGAGCGCUGAACUGGCCGGCAACUAUGUUCUGGCACUGUCACACAGAAAGCAACGAAGGAGUGACAGAAUUGCCGAUACGCGGAAAAGACUCGAUGGCGUCAUCCGAUUCAGCCCAAAUGUUUCAGUUCAUGGAAGGCGUCGACGCAGUCGAUGA